AGGUUUUGUUUACCACGGUGUGCUUUGCUCUCUUGCCUCUCCUGUCUCUUUCUCGGAUUUUUCUCAUCGAAUCUCUCCACUUCACUAGCCAAAAGUACAGUACCACCAGUGUACUUCACCGUUUGAUGCGCCUCGCCGCCGGCAAUGGCAUCCGCCGUCGCUAGCACCAUGCCCUCGCCGCCGCCGCCCGCCGUCUCGUUCGGCUGGCUCGCCCCCACGCGCGUGUCGCCGCCACCGGCAUUGCCGGCGGUGGCGGUGGCGGCGGAGCAGGCUGUGUCGAAGGAGUUCAUUGAUUUUGAGUUCAGCCUUGGUGGAUCUGCGACCAUGUUGCCGGCGGAUGAGCUGUUCGCCGACGGGAAGUUGCUCCCGCUCCGGCCGCAUCCGGUGGCGGCGGAGAAGGCGGUGGCGAUGGAGGCGGAGAAGGCGGUGCCGGAGCUCGUGAAGGCGGUGCGGCCUGCGGUGGCGGUGGCAGCGGAGGUGUUCGACCCGUACGUGUUCUCACCCAAGGCGCCGACGUGCUCGAGCAGGUGGAGGGAGCUGCUCCGGCUGAAGAAGGUCCAGACGCCGACGAAGCCGUCGGCGUCGACGUCCGCAUCGCCGUCGACGGCGACGGCGGCGACGCCGUCGAGAUCCUCGAACUCCUCGGCGGCCAGGUCGCUCAAGCUGCUGCUGCUCCAGCGGAACGGCGGGCGCGCGUCUGGCGCCGCCGCGUCGGACCUCUCCGUGGCGCCGCUCCUCCGCGACAGCUCCGACUCCGAGGCGUCCCUCUCCCUCGCGUCCUCCCGCUUCUCGCUCUCGUCGUCGUCGUCGUCGUCCUGCCACGAGCACGACGACUUCCCCCGCCACUCCCUCGACUCCGUCGACCCCACACCACGGCCCCGCCUCCGCCUCGUCCGGUCUCAACCACAGCCGCACCCUCCUGCCGCCGCCGCCGCCGCCGCCGCCGCCGUUGCCAAGCCUCGGGCGGCGAUCCAGAGCCCCGCCCGGCGCCGCCCCUCGCCACCGCCGCCGCCUCCGCCGCAGGUGGCCUCCGUGGACUCGCCGCGCAUGAACUCGUCCGGCAAGAUCGUGUUCCAGGGCCUGGAACGCAGCUCGAGCUCGCCGGCAGGGAGCGUCCACUCAAGCCUCCGGUCGCGGUCGCGCGUCAUGGACAGGUCCUACUCCGCUGGCGUCCGCGCCGCCACCCCCGUCGUGCUCAACGUGCCGGUCUGCUCGCGCCCGGUGUUCGGGUUCUUCAAGGACAGGAAGGACGCGGCGGCGAAGGACUCGUCGGCGUCGCGGCCUCGGUCGGCGCUUGGCCGGAAGACGGCGCCCCACGCCGGCAAUGGCGGCGGCGCAUCCAGAGAUCUUGGUACUAGCAACUGACCUCCGUUUUGACUAAGCUAGAAGCAUUAGCAAUGUAACCUCAAUUAGCCAGCCAAGUAGUCGUAGCAUUUCCUUUCCAAAGAAAAGGAAACAACAAAAAAAGAACAGGGUGAGAGGAGAAAUUUAGUUUGGGAUUUGGAGUGAAGAGAAAUUUCAAAUUUGGAGGAGAGGAUAGAUUGUUUUGUGAAGUCAUUUUGCUUGAUGUUUUGGGAGAGGAUCCUAGAUAUAUCAGACCAAGCUAAUUGGCCCAUCCAUUUUGCUCAUUCUCAUCUCAUGUAAAUCCAAUCUAAUCUUCUUUGCAACUACAUUUUGCAUUCUGUUUC